UGGUGCAGCACUGACACACGCGAGCCUAGCGGAGCCCGAGCGGCCACGGCGUCAGCUGGGGAGCGAUGGCAUCGGCAUCUCCCACUGCAGCCACCUUGCAGUCCACCCUGCCCUCCGGACUGGUCGUCUUUAAAACCAUUCCCUACGCCUUCAUCCUGCCGGAGAUAAUCUGCGGGGCCUGGGUUUGGAUCCUCGUUGCUGCUACCUCAGUCUCCUUCCCACUGCUGCAGGGAUGGGUUAUGUACGUGUCCCUCACAUCCUUCCUCAUCUCCCUGUUGCUCCUCAUAAGUUACCUCUUCGGCUUUCACAAAAACAGCAACAACUGGAAAGUGCUGGAUAGUUUGUACCACGGUGCCACAGCCAUUCUGUACAUGAGCGCUGCUGUCUUGCAAGCCAAUGCGACAAUCAACUCUGAGUUCAGCUUCAGCUCACCACGCUACUACCAGCUCAACUGUGCGGCAUCGUUCUUCGCCUUCAUCACGACCUUCCUGUAUAUCCUUCAUGCCUUCAGCAACUACUACCAGUGAGCCUGGUGGAGGUGGCACCAGCUUCCCAUCUUCAGGAUGAGGGCGUUCCUAGAGCAAAGGCAACAGUGGGCUUCCAGAGGUGUCCUGGCACCUCCACCGACCCCGGCGAGACGCGGUUGUUCUUUCAGUUCAUUGAAAGAGGGUUUUUUGUACA